UGUUGCUUGGCGUCACCACGAAAUCCUCCCUGAUGAAGCUGAAGUAAAAGAAGAAGCGCGGACCUGUGCAGCUGCAAGAACACUGCAGCCAGCAGCCACGCAGAGAGGCAGUGGGGCCGGCGGCAUGUGGACUCGACAUUUCAUCUACCGUAUGAGCGCCGACAAGCUGUGUCGUCUCUUGCACAAUGUGGCCGAGGUCUUGUUCCUGGCGGGUUGCUUCUGGAUGGGGCUGUUGGUGCUCGCUUGCGUCCUGGUCAAUCGGCCUAUCUACGAGCGUGUCAACGCCUUCCUGGUCGGACUGCUGCUCCUAGUACCCGCUCCCCUGCUAGUGGUUGGCGAGAGAGCACUUGCGUGUUGCUCGCAAUCUACCAGGCUGGACGAAGAUGAUCCUCUACCGGUGAUACCUUCUCCUAGAAGACGUCGCGAAACCCGUCGGUCGAGUCCCCCGCGGUCCCCAGUGCUGCCCUUCGAGUACGAGGACGUUCACUGGUGGGCAGAUCGGCCCCCGACCUACGAAGAAGCGCUGCGAUUGCCCAAGCUGGAGGACAUGGCGCCCGCCAUACAUCAAGCCGGAAGGAGCAUUGCGUAGCCCAAGCUUACGACGCUCUCCAACAGUAUUAUUAAAAAUUCAUAUAUUUGCCGA